AAAUAUGGAAAGAAGAAGGAGAGAGAUAGAAAUAUGGUCAAAAGAAAUCUCAUUGUACCAGAUAAUAAGCUUGACAGAUCGAGUAAAGACGAUCCCAGGAGAUGUACAGAUAGGAUCCAAUAUAAUACUUUCAAAGGGCGUCAAGCUUCCUUCAGAUCUGUUUUGGAAUCACAAGUCCUUGUAUAGAGGUAUGCUCAAGCAUAUCUUCAUCAACAAGGGCUCUAGGAAGGAGAUUCACUACAUGAGAAAACUGGUUGAAGAGUCUUUCAAAUCUCGCAAUUUUCAUCUGAGAACAGUGAAUAUUACCAAGUUGGACUCUAUCAUAGUUGAUCAGGCAUUAUUUUGAACUCCCAAGAAUUCACUCUAUUUCGGUAUCAGCCACCAAAGAAUUAUUUUUGAUUUGACUGCCAGAUGUGUAGGAAUUCUGAACUUGAAAGAGUUCAUCCUGAACCAGAAAAAUCUGAGCAGGAUUCUUUGGUUGUCGCAAUCAGUCCAGAAAUUGAAUUUCUCUUCAUGCUUGAUUUUUAGUUCGGAUUUUAUUCCUGUUGUCAAUAAAUCUGUGAAGGAAAUAUUAUUAUAUUUUUGCCAUGACCAAUUUAAAGGUUUUGAUUUUAAGAGAUCUCAGCUUUAUUCUUUACUUGAAUACUUUACAGAUUCGUGACUUGCUUGUGGCAAAAUCAAUGUCCAGACUUUACUCUCUUAUAAGAAAGUGAAAGAGCGACCUCUGAAGGAGAAGCAUUGGAAAUUCCAGCAGACAAACUCAGCCUAUUAUAGUCUGACGAAAGAAAGUGGAGAAGGUAGAUUUUGCACAAUUCAAUAA